UUUUGAUAAUCUAACACAAUGCCGAUUACCUUGUCAAUGUUCAAAAUUUUUAUAAUAAUUUAUUUAACUUAUUUCGUAUAUGCUGAUGAAGAAAUUCUUAACAAUAUUAACUUUAAUGAUGUAGAUGAAGACGCUUCGCUGGAUACUUUUAGUCUCGUAAGAAAGUACGGCUAUCCAUGCGAAAUUCAUCGAACGUACACGGAAGACAAAUAUGUUUUGGAAUUGCAUAGGAUACCUUUUGGGAUGCAAAAUAGCACUGAAGAAAACAGGCCAGUUGUAUUUUUACAACACGGCCUCUUGUCCUCAUCUGCAGAAUGGGUACUGAUGGGACCAGGAAAGGGACUGGCUUACAUUUUAGCAGACUCGGGUUAUGACGUCUGGAUGGGAAAUGCCAGAGGCAAUACGUACUCACGGAAGCACGUGUCAAUUAAUCCAUCUUCCUCAGCCUUUUGGCAGUUCAGCUGGCACGAAAUAGGCUACUAUGAUCUACCAGCUAUGAUCGACUACGUGUUAAACGAGACAGGAGUCGCUAAGAUUCAGUAUGUUGGAUUUUCGCAGGGAACAACUGCAUUUUUUGUGAUGACUUCAACCAAACCAGAAUAUAACAAUAAAAUUAAAGCUAUGCAAGCAUUAGCACCAGUUGCAUUUGUUGGAAACAUCAGAAGUCCUCUAAUAAGAGCUCUCGCACCAUUUACAAACUCUUUGGAGAUAAUAUUCAAAUUAUUAGGUCAAAACGAGUUUUUAGCGAACGGUAAGAUCAAUGAAUUAGCUGGUAAAAGGUUUUGCCUCGAAGAAGCUAUAACGCAAAGUCUUUGUACCAACGUGUUUUUUCUUCUGUGUGGAUAUAAUGAGGCACAACUAAAUAAGACAAUGCUUCCAGUGGUCCUAGGUCACACGCCAGCCGGUGCGUCAACGAGACAAAUGAUUCAUUUCGGUCAGCUGUACAAAUCGAAGAAGUUCACAAAUUUCGACCACGGUUGGAUAUCUAAUAAACGAAUAUAUGGCACUUUUACUCCACCGGCGUAUAAUUUAAGUGCAAUAACCGCACCGAUUUAUUUACACUAUGGCGAUAAUGAUUGGCUAUCGAGCUCGAAUGACAUAGAUAAAUUACUGCUCGGAAUAGAAUCGGUGGUCGGAAAAUACAGAGUGCCGCUAAAUAAAUUCAACCAUUUAGAUUUCAUAUUCGCUAUUGACGCUAACAAACUCCUGUAUAGACGUAUGAUGAAAAUUAUGUCUCGUUUCGCAUGAUAUUCUUCUAAUGAUAUUAAAACGAUAGGACCAUAUCUAAGUUUAUUACAUACAAGCACAAAUCAAUUUACACCAUUUUCAUUGUUUUCUUUAUCAUAAAACAUCUGU